AUGUAUGUAUAUUCGUUACCAUUCACCGUCCGAAAGCAGUUAGCUGCAAUUUUGGAUAUAGAUAAUGCAUGGGAAUUGCUAGCGUUUGUGAUGCCAGAUAUUGGGAAUGCAGAUAUACAAGCUUGUCGGGAUGCAGGGUCUUUUGAAAGCCCGACAGAGAAUCUUCUGGCAAUAUGGGGAUCAAAAGGAAACAAAGUAACUCAACUUUACAACUGCCUUGGUCGCGCGAAACUUGUCCGUGCUAUGAAAGCAAUGCGUCAUCUAGUAAAUCCGCUGUUUUAUUAUUGGGAAGAACAAUGCUUGCAAUCUCCAGAUGAAAAGAGUCAAGAAGGCGAAAAAGCAACAGCAUCUCGUUCGUGCUGUUCAACUAAAAGUGGCGAUGUUUUAACACUUUGCUUUGGAGAAACGUUUUCGGUGAAAUACUCUAAUAAUAUGAGGUGGUUGGACUCAGAAACUGAUACUUUUACCGACUCACAUAAAAUAUAUAAAACUCUUCAAAAUACGCCAUGCAUUAAGUACGAUGACAUUGUGAGAAUUACGAGCGGUUUUUCCCCGAAAAACAUUCUUGGAAGUGGAGGUUAUGGGACUGUUUAUCGAGGAACAUGGGAGCAAACAGAGGUUGCAGUAAAGCGUAUACAGACUGCGAAGGAGUAUGGAGCUAAGAAAGAACAAAUGCGUCAAAGUUUGCAAGAACUAAGAAUGUUGUCAAAGUAUCGGCAUGACAACAUCCUGCCACUUUAUGCAUAUUCACUGGAUGGUCCUCAACCUUGUUUGCUCUACCAGUAUAUGAGCAAUGGUUCAUUGUUCGAUUGUCUCUUCAGAAAAAAAUCCAUGGUUCUUACUUGGUUGCGACGUAUAUCAGUAAUGAUAGGUUGCGCUCGUGCCCUACAUUAUUUGCAUUCCGUUGCAAAGAAUCCAAUAAUUCACGGAGAUGUAAAAUCAGCGAACAUUUUGCUUGACAAACAUUUGGAACCAAAAUUAGGUGAUUUUGGUUUAUGCCGAGAUAGCUUUUCAAAAGAUGACUGGAAAGACGAUGGUUUCGUUAUCGCUUCUCACGUUAAGGGGACAUUGGCAUAUCUGCCGCAGGAGUUUCUUACAGAGAGAAUAAUUAGUACAAAGCUCGAUGUAUAUAGUUACGGUAUAGUUUUGUUAGAAGUCGCAACGGGAUUAAAGCCUCAUGUUGUUAAACGGGAUCCACAAAAUAUUGUAGAAUAUGUUACAAAUCAUCAAAGGUCUGGAAAGCAGGAAAGUAUUCUGGCUGAUCACCAAUGCGAAUUUACCAAUGAUCUAGACGUCAGUUACUUCAAUCUGAUGUUACAAACUGGAUUAAAAUGCGUGGUGCAAGAUUACCGAAAAAGGCCAACGUUUCGCGAAAUCGCCAAUGCAUUCUUAUGCGUAUAA